AUGCAGUUGCAUGGUUUUGGAAAUCCACUUUUGGGUACGGUUACCAACACUCCCUCUCUUCCCUCCAUAACUUCUCCUCAAACCCUUCGGUUUCUUCCCUUUCACCCUACUGCUUCUCUCCCUCAAAAGCCUAAAUCUAACCAAAUAGGGAAGAAAGUUAUUGCUAAAAGAGUACUGCAUGAAAAGAUCCAUAAGCUUCCAGGAUAUCCUAGACCCUCAACUCACUCUCAAGACACCACUUUCACUCCCUCACCUUCUCCUCCUACCUCUCCUCCUCGCACUGCUCCCACGGCGCGAACCAAGACCACGCCACGUUUUCCAGCCCCUGCCAAGCCAACGCCACCGCCUAAGGCAGCGCCAACCAAACUAACUUCCUCGAAACCUAGUUCAUCCAAGGGUAAGCGUCCUACUGUUGAAGUCUCUAUUCCUGAGACAGCAAAACCUAAGCCAAGGUCUGUUCCUGUGCGUUCACAAAGAGGUAACCCUCAUCUCCCUCUCAAAUCUGUUAGAGAACUCGACAUUGAUCCUUUUGCUCACAAAUCAUACUUCAUGACAUCUCACUCAAACUAUAACCCCCAUCGUUUCAAAUCUACCAUGAACCACGACUUUAUGACGGAGUUAUUAAGUAUCGUACUCUGUGCCCCUCUUUUCUUGUGGAUUUACCUAGCUUGA